UUUGUUCUUAACUUUUAUUCAGUUGUCAGAGAGCUUUACCCGAUAAAUAGUCGAAAAUUUGUACGUUUUUCCGAUGGUAAUGUUGUUUCUCUUGCGUUGACGAACAUUUUCUUUCGCUUCGACUUUUGAGUGACGUACAUGGAAAAAAGUGCCAUUUUCUUAUAGUGACUUCAUCUAAAGGUGUUGUGUCUGUGAUACCGUCACCAUGGCAACCAAUACACCCCCACCCCCCAGUCAGGGGGAGCUGCAGCCCUCCCCACCCAAGAAAGUCAAGCUGGAACCCAUCAACCUGAAACCUGCAAACAUGGUGGUCAGGCCAGGGACAGUUCUAAGCCCUGACGCCCAACAGACUGCAGCCAUCUUGAAGUCGUCCCCACAAGUGGUGCAGCCACAGAUCAUCAGCCAGCCCCUCACUCCAAAGGCAGCCGUUGUCACGGUUACCACCCUUCCUGCCAUGUUACCUCUGGUGCAGACAAAACCUACCGUGGCAACACAGCAAGUGUCUGCAGCUCCUGUCGUCAGCCAGCCACAGAAGGUGGUGGCACAGCCACAGCUGCUUCAAGGGCAGGGCCACCUGCAGCAGACCCAGGUGCAGGUGCAGCUGGCGCAGGUGCAGGCACAACCAGUCCAGGUGCAGAUACAGCAGCCUCCCCAGCCACAGGUGCAGGUACAACAGCCUGCAGCUGCAGCUCAACCACAGGCACAGCCGCAGCAGCAAGCCCAGCAGCAGCCAGCGGUGGUGGUAAAGCAGGAAGUCCAGCCUCAACAGCAGGAGACACAGCAACAGCAGGCCAAGGCACAGCCCCAGGCUCACAUCGAGUCAGUGACCAAUGGGGGAACAGCACAGGCCCAGACCCAGCAGGCUGAACAGGCUGGUGAGGAGAAGAAAUCAGCUGAUGCUUCUCCAGGUGACUUUGACCCCAUCUCAGCCAUGGAAUGGAAGGAUGGGAUAGCAACCUUACCUGGGAGUAACCUCAAGUUUAAGAUGAAUGAGUUUGGAACACUGGAGAUCAUCAGUACAGUGGAGACAGAAGAUGGAGAACAGUCUGUGUGGAGCCUGGGUUCCGAGGACUCCGCUACAACCUCCACCUCCUCCUCCUCUGUCUCCUCCACCCCUACUACUGGCACAACCACACAGGCCAAGGGGAAAGCUGACUUCACCACCAGUAUGGCCUCCUCCACCGCUGCGGCCUCGUUUGACCCCCAUGAGCAGAUGAAGGGGAUCCACUGCUGCGAGUGCUGCGGGAAGUACGGCGUGCCGGGGGAGUUCCUCAAGUCCGGACGCUUCUGCAGCCAGGCCUGCGUGGCUAUCUACGCCAGCAGAUAUCAGCACCAACCAAAACACAUCCAGGAGCAGCUAGCCAAACAGAGGAUGCUCGCCAAGAAGAAGAAGAAGAAGUUUAAGAAGUUUCAGCUUCCUGAAGAGGAUGAAGAUGACCAGGAAAAGCCUCAUGGUGAUCUGAAGAUGACAAUCAAGCUGUCUCCUGAGGGAGCAGCAGGAGAGGAGGGUAAAGAGCCUAGAGUCAUCAAACAUGGAAGAAGAAAGGGUUUUAACUGGGCCACCUACCUGGAGCAGGAGAAAGCUUUGGCAGCUCCUGUCAAACUCUUCAAGGAGCCCUUCCCUCAAGGCAAGAAUGGCUUCAAGUAUGGCAUGAAGCUGGAGGGCAUUGACCCCAAACACCCUUCGGUGUUCUGUGUGCUGAGUGUGGCUGAGAUUAAGGGUUAUCGCAUCCGUCUGCACUUCGACGGGUACUCCGAGUGCUACGACUUCUGGAGGAACGCUGACUCGGUGGACAUCAAACCUGUCGGCUGGUGUGAGAAAACUAACCACAAGCUGUCUGUACCAAAAGGCAAUGGCUUAACACCAGACACCUUUAACUGGAACAACUACCUGAAGGUGACCAAGUCCCAACCGGCUCCCAAACACCUGUUCCGCCCAGCCCCGGUCAGCGCUAACUCAAAGCCAAGAUACGAGUAUUAUGACAAAUAUGAGAAUGUAAGCUCUCAUGGCUUUCGAGUUGGCAUGAAGCUGGAGGCCGUCGAUGUGAAGAACCAGAGCCUGAUCUGUGUGGCCACCGUGCGUGAUGUCAUGGACAACCGUUUCCUGGUGCACUUUGACGGCUGGGACGACGGGUACGACUACUGGUGCGAGCCCAACUCUCCUUACAUCCACCCCGUAGGCUGGUGCGAGGAAACCGGGAACAUCCUCACUCCUCCUAAGGAUUACCCAGAACCCGAGCACUUCACCUGGCAGGACUACCUCACACAGACCAAGUCUCAGGCUGUCCCUGCACGGGCAUUCAAACCGCAGAAAGUCACUCAUGGCUUCCUGAAAGGGUACAAAAUAGAAGCAGUGGACAGACGCAACCCUUCGCUGAUCCGUGUUGCCACCAUAGUCGACACUGAUGAGGCUCGUGUUAAGGUCCACUUUGACGGCUGGGCUGACAUCUAUGACUACUGGGAGGACGCAGACAGCCCAGACAUGCACCCUGCCACCUGGUGUGCUAAAACUGGCCACCCCAUACAGGGCCCACCUUGUGAGUCUCCAGCAGACUUGGAUACAGAUGGGCAAAUUGGAUGCCCAACUCCAGGCUGCAAAGGGAUUGGUCACAUCAAGGGACCCAAGUAUUCUGGACAUCACAGUUCCUUUGGGUGCCCGUACUCCCAGCUGAACAUGAACAAGGAGUCGGCCCUGCAGGACAGACUGGGUCCAGGCAGAGGGUCCAAGUCCACCUCUGAUGAGAGAGACUCACAAGCCGAGAGAUCACCUGGGGAAAAGAAAUGUCCCACCCCUGGGUGUGAUGGCUCAGGUCAUGUGACCGGGAAGUACACGUGUUGGGAGAGGCAGAGGCAGAAGAAAAAUAAUAAAUGCAGGAAGAUUCAGAAGACUUUCCAGUAGCUCUCCUGACAAGGUAGACAAGAAGGCCAAAGACUCAGAGAACAGCCUGCAGCACACGGUGCACCAGUCGGUGUUCAUGUCCGCCAUGACGCCCUAUCCAGCCAAGGAGCUCCCCCUCUGCUGGGAUCAGCACGUCAAGCUGCUGCCGGGCGUCGCCAGCCUGAAGGGCAGCGACAUCUCCAAGUGGACCAUUGAGCAGGUGGCAGACUUCGUGAAGACACUUCCAGGCUGUGAGGAGAUGGGCAACGUCUUCAAGGACGAGCAAAUUGAUGGAGAGGCCUUCCUGCUUCUGAACCAAGCAGACAUAGUGAAGAUCAUGAACAUCAAGCUCGGCCCUGCCGUCAAGAUAUACAACUCUAUCCUCAUCCUGAAGAAUGAGAACAUGAACGAGGGCGCUCCUGCAUAGAUGUGCAGGGCAGGGCAACUUCUUGUCCUUUUCCUGAAGUCUGUGUUUGUUACUGAGUUUUAUUUUAAAUGCUUGUAACGUCCUUUCUGUAGCUGGGCUGUACUGUGCAGGGUAAUAAUAGUAUGAGGUUGUGAGUGAAGACAGUACUGGUAUGUACGUGUACAUCAUGUAUGUUUAACUUUUCAAACUCUAUUUUUGGUGGCCUACAGUGGAUAAGAAGUCUCUUGGAGUCAAAAUAAAGAAACCAAAGGUUCUACCAAGUAUUUUAAAACCUUAUGGCAAUAAAGUAUUGUAAGCAUUGGAGCUUAAACUGUCCCAGACAGGCAUUUUUGGUUGUGCUGUACAUGUACAUGUAUGUAUUCAAUAAAUGACAAAUACAAAAUGAAAUACAUUCACAAAAUGUUAUAUUGAAAAGGUGAGUGGGUAUUAAGAAGGAUAGAUCAGCUUUAACCCAUUUAUGUGUAUUUACAUAGCGAGAGGUUAUGAAGUGUACAAAGUAUAAUUCCCUUGUCUUGGUACACAUGGACAUUAUUUGCACCAUUGAUAGAAUACAUGAAUUUGUUUAUGUCAAACAGUGGCUUAUUAUAAUCUCUGAGAAACUUGAACAUUCAGACAUUGUAAGAAAGGUGAUGUUUUAAAGUGGAAUGUGGGAGAAAUAUGGGUCUGUUUGAUGCAUGGUACAUGAAAUGAUUGUAAUAUGUUAGCACUAUAGACUAGCCAAACUGUUUACAUGGAUUUUAAUGCUUUAACUAGGGCCAAUCCAGUAUAAAGUGUCCCCAAAUGUUCUAUGCAGAAAAGAAUGCUGUGUGUUGAUGAAAAGCAGAGGAUAUUUUCAGCAGAAUGAAAUAUUAACAUGUAUACCUAUGAAUGCCUAUUUAGAACCUUGAUGGAUAGACGAUAUGAGACUGAUAUUAAGCAAAUGUUAGACCUCAGAAACGCUAUGUUAAGUUCAAAUCAUUUAGAAGUUUUAAAUGUACCUUGGUGUGUAGUUCUUGUCAAAACGGGGGUGGUGAGAUGCCUUGUAUUGUUUAUUUGGUUUUAUCUGAUGUCUGUAAGGUGGCUUGCUGAAUCAAUGCAAUGUAAUAACUAACAAAAACUUGUUAAAAAGUAAACACCCAUACCAUGUGGUAUUAGGCUGGAGCACCUAACCCUGACACCAUCCACGGUGUCCCCAUACAAAAUAAUUUUGAAGCAGGGCGUAGAAUAUUGGGAGAGGUUAAAACAGGUCCCCAUUUCAUUUAACCAAAUGUCUAAGUGUUCAGCAGUGGACACUGCGAAUUCAUAUUAUUUUAUGAUUAUUGCAUAGAUGAAGUGACAAAUACUCUUUGAGUACUUUUCACAGGGUAAAUGCACAUGGCUGAAGGCAAUUUAAAGAUGAACUAACAGGAGUGGGACAAGUGUGUGGCUAGGCCCUCAUUUAAGUUUUAUUAUUAUUUUGCUUGGUUUUAGCGAAAGUUUCCAAUACUAGUAUUUUUCAAGUUGUAUCCACUGUCUAUGAGUAUGAAUCAAAGUGAAUGUAUGUUUGGGAUUCUGAGACAAGUCUGCAAUGAGUUUCUUGUAUUUAGUCACUUUUCACGGUUAUGUGACAUACAUGUAGAUAAACUAUUCAGUGAUGUUUUAUUCAGUAUUGAUACUGUUAUGCUUAACUUAGAGGGAAAGUGCAGUGCUCUUAAAACAUUCCUUGUAUGAAAAAAAGCAAAGGAAAUAAAUCAGCCAUAAAGUUA